AUGGUUCACAUCCCCCUGGGUUUGAGAUUACAAGGCAACUCCGAACUUACUAUAUCGUCUCUGGUACGCUCUUGGAUCCAAUGUGAUGAUAACAACUAUUCCUUCUCGCUUGGUGCGUCUAUCUGUUGGGCAAUUUGGAAAGCUAGGAACAAAAAAGUAUUUGAAAACAAGAACAUCAACGUACAAGGAAUACUCAAGAUUGCAUUCUACUGGUUCAAUCUUUAUUUCAACCCCCAUGAUGACAGUGAAUCUGGAUUUCUACCUCAGCAUCGAACACAAGACCCAAGCCCCCCUGCAACUUGGUCUGCUCCUUCCACUCCCUUCAUAAAAAUAAAUGUAGAUGCCUCCUGGAAGAAUGGUGUGUAUGCCUGCGCUGCAAUUGCAAGAGAUCACAUGAAUGUUUGUCGAGGAGCUGGAACUAGAAUUGGUAUGUGUGAAGUACCAGUUUUUGCUGAGGCGGAUGGAUUCCUUCUUGCAGCUGAAUUGACUAUAUGGCUAAAUCUGCAAGAAAUUAUCAUUGAAGGAGACUCUCAGAUCGUGGUGAAGAGUCUAACGGAUGCAAACUACCGAGUGCCUUGGAGGAUAUGGAAACUCAAGGAUGACACCAAGCUCCUUCUUGCAGGCAUCAAAUCAAGCACUGUCAAGUACAUCCCUGAAAAGGCCAACUCUGCCGCUCAUUCUCUGGCAGAUUAUGCCUACUUAAACAAAGUCCAAGCUAUGUGGACAAGUUCGAACCUCCCGUCUGAUAUCGCUUCUCUUUGGAUUGAAGCAACUUAG